UACUUCACCUGAUUUUUAGUCGACCCAAAAGAUCUCACAACUGAACUGAUCACUACUUGAGCUGUUGUAAUAAAUACACUGUUCCCGAGGCCAACUCGCACUUGAUACACACUUUCUUCUCCACCGUCAAUUCGCUCUCAGUUAUGGUGAAGGCUUUGUAUUGAUGAGCGACAGACUGCGAAUCUGCAAGGAUGAUUCUUUCUGCUCUAUUAACAACUGUUGGGAUCAAUAUUGGUCUCUGCGUUUUGUUUUUCACCUUAUAUUCUGUAUUGAGAAAACAACCGGGUAAUGCCUCCGUUUAUGCACCACGUUUGGUUGCUGAAGGAAAAAUGCUUAGAAGCGAUUUCAACCUGGAAAGGUUAUUACCUUCAGCUAGUUGGGUGAAAAAGGCAUGGCAGACAUCGGAAGAAGAACUUCUGUCACUCUCAGGCUUGGAUGGUGUUGUCUUCAUGCGUAUUUUUGAAUUCAGCAUAAAAGUUUUCUCUUUUGCCAUGAUCUUUGGAAUUAUUCUUCUUCCUAUCAACUACGUGGGGAAUCAGUUAACAAUGGAUUACAUGGACCUGCCAAAUAAGUCUCUGGAAUCAUUUAGUAUUUCAAAUGUUAACGAUGGAUCAAACAGGUUAUGGAUUCACUUUUCAGUUGCUUAUAUUUUCACUGGAUUCGUCUGCUAUCUCCUUUACUCUGAAUUCAAGUACAUCUCUUCAAAACGGAUAGCUUGCUUUAAUUCAUCCGAGCCUAAGGUUCAUCACUUUUCUGUAUUAGUUCGAGGCAUCCCUGUUUCAUCCGGCAUCAGCUUCAGUGAAAGCGUUGAGAAUUUUUUCACGCUGUACUACCCUUCUACAUAUAUUUCACAUGUUAUCGUUCGUCGAACAAGUAAACUUCAAAAGUUAAUUAGUGAUGCAGAUGAUUUGUCUAAAAGGCUUCUUCAAAUGAAAUCAGCAAGCUACACUCAGCAAAGAGUUGGUCGUGCUAGCUUUUUAGGACGCAAAGUUGAUCUUGUGGAUCACUAUGAAAAAAAACUGGAGGAUCUGGUAGAAAAUGUCAGAAUGGAGCAAACUUUAAUUACUGGACAGGAAGUCCCGGCAGCAUUUGUUUCUUUUAAGUCACGAUUUGGUGCUGCAAUUGUUUUACACGUCAAGCAAGGUAUAAAUCCUACAGAAUGGAAUACUGAGGCAGCCCCUGAGCCCCAAGAUGUGUACUGGCCCUUCUUUUCUGCAUCAUUCACGCAAAGAUGGAUUUUGAAAUAUGUGGCUAUUGCUGCAUGUAUUGUUCUUGUAGUUCUGUUCUUUGGACCCGUUGUUUUGGUACAAAGUCUUACUCAUUUAGAUCAGUUGGAGACUUGGUUCCCUUUUCUGAAAGGCAUACUGAGAGUGACAUUUGUUAGUCAAGUUAUUACCGGAUAUCUUCCAAGUCUCAUUCUGCAGCUGUUUCAGCAUUAUGUGCCUCCCGCGAUGAUAAUGCUUUCCUCCAUUCAAGGAUAUAUCGCCCGUAGUCAUAUAGAGAAGAGUGCAUGCUAUAAGAUACUCUUUUUUACCAUAUGGAAUGUUUUCUUUGUAAAUGUCCUGUCAGGAUCUGUUCUAUACCAGGCUAACGUCUUCCUGGAGCUUAAGAAUAUUCCAUCUGUUUUAGCUGUUGCUGUUCCAGGACAGGCUGAGUUCUUUAUUGCAUAUGUUGUGACGACUGGCUGGACAAACACAUCCUCAGAACUCUUUCAGAUGUUUAGCCUGAUUUGGAGUUUCAUUAAAAGAAAAAUCCUGGGAAGAGCGGAUGAUAAGUUGGUGGUCCCUUCAGCUAAUUACUUUAGCAAAAUUCCUAAAAUUCUCCUUUUUGGACUAUUUGGUAUAACAUACCUUUUCCUCGCCCCCCUAAUUCUGCCAUUUCUCCUGAUUCACUUCUGUCUGGGCUACAUCGUCUAUCGCAACCAGCUUUUGACAGUAUAUUCACCCAAAUAUGAUAGUAACGGGAAGUUUUGGCCUAUAGUGCAUAAUUCGACCAUUUUUUCCUUGGUACUAAUGCACAUAAUCGCCAUUGGUAUAUUUGGGCUAAAGAAAAUGCCCCUGGCUUCUGGCUUCAUGAUUCCCCUUCCAGUCAUGACUCUUUUAUUCAACAACUAUUGCCAGAGAAGGUUCAUUCCAUUGUUCAAGUCUUAUCCUGCUGAGUGCCUGAUUAAGAAAGACAGAGAUGACCAAAGCAGCGGUACAAUGGAUGCAUUUUAUGAAAGACUUGCCACUGCUUAUCGAGAUCCUGCAUUAGCGCCAAUCCACACUCUUGGAAUCAGUGAUGGGCGCAACGCUCCCCUUCUUCAGGCUACUGAAGUUUAAAACUAAUAGGUAUUUCAUUCCACUGGUCCGCAUAUAGCAAGCUACAGAAGUGUGUAUGGUAGUGAUGGUGUACGCUCGAAGGUUGGAUUUGGAGCAAUGGACAAGUGUGUACAUGCCGCCAUCGUCUAGGUCACAGGAUCGAACACAAGAACCAAUUUCCUUACAAAAAAAAAGGUAAGUUUGUUUAUAUCAGGACCUUCCGAGACCAGAUGUGGGAGCCUGGAGCCCCAGCCACAACCUUCAUACUUGACAGAAACUUUACAUUUCUAGAUGAUCAAUGUUUUUAUAAAGUAGUAUCACUGAGAACCUUGCUUAUGAUCAUAUUUCGAUGUAACCGUGCUACUUGAUAGGUAUUUUAUACAUAAGAAAUGCGAGUUUUUUGUGUUUUCA